AUGAGUAAAGAGAUAAAAGAGUGGAUACAAGUGUGUGAGGCGUGUAGAGAUUUUAAACAGACACCAUGCAAGGAACCUCUUAUAAGCCACGACAUUCCUGAAAGAGCCUGGGAGAAGAUUGGCUGCGACCUGUUGUCAUGUAAUGGUAAAGAUUACCUCAUCACUGCUUGUUACAAGUCAAACUUCUGGGAGCUGGACCGCCUUACUGACACCAAGUCCACAACGGUCAUCAAGAAGCUAAAAGCCCAUCUUGCUCGAUACGGGAUUCCCAGACAGCUGGUCUCUGACAAUGGACCUCAGUUUGUGUCAAGUAAAUUUCACGCUUUCACCAAGAGCUGGGGUAUUGAACACACCGCCACCUCACCUCACAACAGCAAAGCCAAUGGCAAAGUUGAAUCCGCCGUAAAGGUAGCCAAGCGCAGGCUAAGGAAAACCGCCAAAUCAGGCGAAGACCAAUACCUUUCCUUGCUCAACAUCAGGAACUCCCCAACACAAGGCGUAGACAGCAGCCAAGCCCAGUGUCUCAUGGGUAGGAGGACCAGGACCCUGCUGCCGACUACAAAAUCCCUGCUGGAAGCAAGAAAUCCCCUGAACCAUCACGAGAUGGAACAGCUUCAAUUAAACCAGAAAAGACAAGCAAAGUACUAUAAUCGUACCGUACAUGACCUGCCUACCUUGAAGGAAGGGGACACUGUCCGCAUGAAACCUUUUGUCCUUGGACAACACACCUGGAAAAAAGCUGAAGUGACCCGCAGGACGGAUGAAAGAUCGUAUGAAGUUCAGGCCUCCGGCACAACCUACAAACGCAACCGACAACACCUGGUGAAAACCUCACAGCCCUCCAAGCAAGAAUACCUUGCCAAAGAACCUCAUCCUAUCCCAAGUGCUGACUGUAAGGUGACCAACCCAGGACAAGACACACAGCACAACGCCAGCCCACAGAAUCAGGCAGAGGGAACAAGUGACACAACCACCAUGCCCAACCCUUGUGAAUCUGGAGCAGUGAAGCGUUCCCUCUCAGGCGGAGCCAUUAACCCAACAGCAAGGCUGAGAGACUAUGUGCUAACUUGA